AUGUCAGUGUAUAAACAGCAAGAUGCUGUAGAGUGGUUCGAGAAAAUCCUGAAUGUGUUGUCACCAGAAGCCACAGAGGUGUACAAGGGAACCUUACGAAGAACAUUGAGAUGUCUGCCAAACUCUCACACUGACUCCCAGAAGGACAGCAACUUUUAUUCCAUUCCACUUUCCAUCAACGCCGAAAAGGAUGGUGAAUUCAAAGUGGUUGAUGGACUCGAGGACUUUUUCCAGACCACAAAGUUUGAGGAGGAUGACUGGUGGUACUGUGAUGAAUGCGGCGAGAAGAAAGACACUGAAAUACGUUUUAACAUCCAGAAGUACCCCACCGUACUGAUUCUUCACCUCAAGCGCUUUUAUUUUGACUAUUUCCAAAUGGGAUAUCAGAAGAACUCCUGCCAAAUGGAUAUUCCUCUUGAGCUUGAGUUUUUUCAGGACUGCCCAUAUGUUCUGUAUGCCAUCAUCAACCAUAGAGGAGUAUACGGAGGUGGUCACUAUGAUGCUUACAUCAAGCCUCCUGGAAAUGAUCACUGGUACUGCUUUGACGACUCUCGCGUAACAGAGAUCACAGGAAAUGGCUUCUUAAAGGGGUACUGGAAUUAUAAUCUGUUGUUCAUCUGUAAUUACUGCAUAUUCAGUCUUUCCCGGGUACGAUGAAAUGUCUUCUUGUUGUUGUUUUUUUUUCCUGAAGGUCAAGGACUGCUUACAUGCUGGCAUAUAGAAAAAGUGAGUGUACUCACAUCUAUAGUAGAUCUACAGUUUGUGUGCACGAAACAUUUGAUUUGUGGUUGAAAAUCGAAAAGUCAUUCUGUGUGUUUGUGCUUUGAAGAAUCCUUCACAUCAUCUACUGGGCAAGAGGUCAACACCACAGAGAACUAUUCUGAAAACUCGCCUAACGCUGCAACAGAAACGGAGGAGCACAGAAGUGUGUUUGCAUCGGGAGAAUCCUUAUCUCAUCAAGAAGAAAAAGAAGCCACUCCAAAAAACCUUG